AUGAUUGGAUCAACACUCGAAUAUCGCCAAAACCCGCAAGAAUUUGUUGAGAAAUGGAGUGCUGCUCUGGGACCGGUCUUCAGGGUUCAUAUUUUUGGACGUAUGCAAACAGUAAUCUCGGGAAGCUAUGUCCGCGAGAUAUUUUUCAAUGAAAACUUUAGUUUUGCUACAGCUGUUGCCAGGCCUCAGAUGUUGACUGGAAUGUCAAAGUAUGAUGUGGAUACUGACGAUCUACGCGAAGUGGUUUUGAACUCUUUGACAGUGCGGAUGAAAGAUUAUGUACCACGAGCGAUGGCUCAGUUAGGCAUUGGUUUAGAAGAAACUCUUGGGGACUUGGCAGAACCCCGAGAACUUCCUCAUCUGUUCCCCCCAGUCCUGCAUAUGGUCGCCAGGGCUAGUGCGUCCGUCUUUGUAGGCUUGGAUCUUUGUCAAGAUCAAGAGGUGUUGGGAGCUUUCAAAUAUAUAGACAAUAUCUUGCAGGAUAUUAUCGAAAACCAUCCUCCACCGCCGUCUUACCCUGGUAAUUGUUACACUUACUUUACCAACUGGGUGAUUGCCCUCAUUUUUGCCUCGGUAGCAACGACUACAGAGCAUGGAGCGUUAGUAUUAUACCGAAUGCUUCAGCACCCUGAAAUUGUAGACGAGCUUGUUCAAGAACAAAAAGAUGUCUUUGGCGAAGAUAUUUUGAACAGCAAAGACAACAAUGUGUUCACCGGUGAAUCUCUCAGAAAGCUUGUAAAGCUGGUUAGCGUUUGCCGUGAAGCCAUACGUAUGAGAAACGAAUAUCUUACAUUGCCUCAUACCAAUAUUGGUAAACAGAGUUUUACUUUAAGCAACGGUGUUGUUAUUCCACCAGGUCAAGAGGUUCUGCUAGAUGUAUGGGCGAACCAUCACGACAGCCGAUUGCAGAGAGAUAACCUUGGAAACUAUGACAAAUUUGAACCGUUCCGUCAUCUUGAGAUUGGACGCUCAUCAACGAAAAUCGGUGAUGACUACCUGGUAUUUGGAGAAGGAAAACAUGCCUGUCCUGGUCGAUGGUUCGCUUUGCAAGAAAUCAAGACUGUUGUAACAUUGUUCAUCCGCGAUUACAUCCUCAAACCUAAUGGCUCCAUAGAGUUUCCAACAGGAGCAGGAACUCGCGUUCCGACUGGCAAAGUUACCAUUCAACGGAAAGCGUAG